UAACAAUAGCAGAUGCCUACUGGCCUCCGUCUUGUCAACGUCGUAUCAUGACUUAAACUCGUAUAUUUGUGUUGAUCCAAAGUGUGCUUUCUUCCGGUAUUAUCCAGCAUUUUCCCAUUUCAUAUAUUUAUUUUUAUCGGUUUUAUUUAAUAUAAGUGCGCGGCCCCUAGUGUAGUGACAUGCGACUAACGUGACCCUGUGUGUGUUUUAAAGUGGAUUAAGUCGCUUCUUUGUACUAUGAAGCGGCAUUUGGAUUAUUUACUUUUGGCAAUUUGCGGCUUCCUAUUGCCCAUCGCUGUCCAAGGAUUUAUCUCGUGCUCACCGAACCCCUGUAAAAACGGCGGGGCGUGUGUGUCCGCUCCUCGAGGGGAAUCGUACUGCAACUGCACGAACGUCUACGUAGGGGAGUAUUGUCAGCACCUUAACCCGUGCCACACCGGUCCCGGUCCGAGGUGCCAAAACGGUGGCACCUGCAACGUCAGGACGUCACCGACCCACGGACCUCCUAACUUCUGGUGCUCCUGCCCAAUCGGUUUCUCGGCUUCGUUAUGCGAGAUUCCGAUCGCCAAUUCUUGCGAUUCCAGCCCCUGCCUGAACGGCGGGACCUGCUCACUACAAAGCCUCGAUAGAUACACAUGUACCUGCCCAGUCGGAUUCACAGGAAGCCACUGUGAGUCGGAAGACCAUUGCGCUAGCGUGCCUUGCUUGAACGGGGCGACGUGCACCUCCCUUCAGGACGGGUUUACCUGUACAUGCCCUGCAGGAUUCAAAGGGACGACAUGCGACAACGACAUUGACGAAUGCAGAGCGAAGCCUUGCAGACACGGCAGCUGCUACAACACUCCCGGCUCUUACACAUGUAUCUGCGAGCCCGGCUACACAGGGCACAACUGCGAGAGCGAGUACUUCCCUUGCGACCCAUCGCCUUGCAAGAACGACGGGAUCUGCAAACAGGUGGAUUCGUUAAAGUACGAGUGCAAGUGCCCUACAGGUUUCGUUGGGAAGAACUGCGAGGAAAACGUCGACGACUGUCCAGGACACAUGUGCCAGAAUGGUGGUGUCUGUGUUGACGACGUGAACAGGUACAGAUGCCAAUGCCCGCCGACGUACACCGGCGAUCUGUGCGAGCAGGACAUCGACGAGUGCUCUCUGCGGCCUAGCGUCUGUCAAAACGGUGCAACGUGCACCAACACCAUCGGCGGCUACUCCUGCAUCUGCGUUAACGGCUGGACUGGAAAAGACUGCUCGAAGAACAUCGACGAUUGUCAGGGAGCUGCUUGCUUCAACGGUGCCACCUGCAUCGACAGAGUCGGUAGCUUCUACUGCCAGUGUACACCCGGAAAAACAGGUCUACUUUGCCAUUUGGAUGACGCUUGCACCUCUAGUCCUUGCCAAGCCGGUGCUAAUUGCGAUACUAGUCCCAUCAACGGUUCGUAUACUUGUUCCUGCACCUACGGCUACAAAGGCGUCGACUGCUCUGAAGACAUCGACGAAUGUGCCCAAGGCUCACCCUGCGAACACGACGGCGUAUGCGUGAAUACUCCAGGCUCUUUCAUGUGCAACUGCACGCAGGGCUUCACCGGCCCGAGGUGCGAGACGAACGUGAACGAGUGCGAGUCGCAUCCUUGCCAAAACGACGGGUCCUGCCUCGACGAUCCUGGAACCUUUAGAUGUGUCUGCAUGCCAGGUUUCACGGGUACGCAAUGCGAAGUGGAUAUCGACGAGUGCUUGAUCAACCCUUGCUUGAACGGAGGCACUUGCAACGACCUCAUCAACGGCUUCCGAUGCGCCUGCCCCAUCGGCUUCACCGGUACGCGAUGCCAGACCAACAUCGACGACUGCGUGAGCAACCCGUGCAGAAACGGCGGCAACUGCAGAGACUCGAUCGCCGGCUACAGCUGCGAAUGCCCUCCGGGCUUCACAGGUCUCAAUUGUGAAACAAACAUAAACGAUUGCCAGUCCUCUCCAUGUAUCCGAGGAGAAUGUAUUGACGGUGAAAAUUCGUUCACCUGCGCCUGCCAGCCUGGAUUCACUGGUUUCCUGUGCCAGACGCAGCUGGAUGAGUGCCGGUCAUCACCUUGCCAGUACGGAGGGCUGUGUGAGGAUCUUGUCAACGGUUAUCAGUGUAGAUGUAAACCUGGGACUUCAGGGCUGAACUGUGAGAUAAAUGUCAAUGAGUGCUACAGCAACCCAUGUAGAAAUGGAGCUAAGUGUGUUGACGGUAUUAAUCGCUACUCAUGUGAAUGCCUUCCUGGAUACACAGGGUUACACUGUGAAACCAAUAUCAAUGAAUGCGCUUCUAACCCUUGUGCCAACAACGGCAUCUGCAUCGAUCUGGUCAAUGGGUUCAAAUGCGAAUGCCCUAGGGGCUACUAUGACGCGAGAUGCUUAAGCGAUAUUAACGAGUGCUCGAGCAACCCUUGUCUCAAUGGUGGCACCUGUGAGGACGGACUUAAUAAAUUCAUCUGCCACUGUCGUCCAGGCUAUGGAGGAAAAAGAUGUGAGAUUGAUAUCGAUGAAUGCAGCUCUAAUCCUUGCCAGCAUGGAGGGAUCUGCCAAGAUCAUCUGAACCGUUAUACUUGCCAGUGCCCUCCUGGCUACACUGGAUUCAAUUGUGAAACAAAUAUAGAUGAUUGUGCUGGAAAUCCAUGCAGGUAUGGUGGAUCAUGCAUCGAUUUAGUCAAUGGAUAUAAGUGUGUAUGCCAACUACCAUACACAGGAAAAGAUUGUCAUGAAAAAUUAGAUCCUUGCUCACCAAACAAAUGUCAGCAUGGUGCAAAAUGUACACCGUCACCAAAUUACAAGGACUCUUCAUGUCAGUGUUCCCCUGGAUACACUGGUCGAUAUUGCCAUGAAGAUGUUGAUGAAUGCCAGUUAUCUUCACCCUGUAGAAACGGUGCCACAUGCAAAAACACAAAUGGAACUUAUGAAUGUAUUUGUGCCAAAGGAUAUGAAGGAAUUGAUUGCCUUACCAACACAGAUGAUUGUGCCUCUUUUCCUUGUCAAAAUGGAGGAACAUGUCUUGAUGGAAUAGGGGACUAUGAUUGUAUGUGUGUGGAUGGUUUUGGUGGGAAACAUUGUGAAAUUGACAUAGAUGAGUGUCUGUCUCAACCGUGUCAAAACGGAGCAACGUGCACACAAUACGUUGAUUCUUACACUUGUACCUGUCCUCUUGGGUUCUCCGGGAUCAACUGCCAAACUAAUGAUCAAGACUGCACUGACUCUUCCUGUAUGAAUGGUGGCACUUGCGUUGACGGCAUUAACAACUACACUUGCAUAUGUGCGCCGAGUUACACCGGAUCCAACUGUCAAACAAGAAUUAACAAAUGCGAUUCCAAUCCAUGUGCAAACGGUGCUACCUGCAAUGACCACGUGCACUACUAUACCUGUCACUGUCCCUAUGGAUUCGAAGGAAAACAUUGCGAUUCUUAUGUUGACUGGUGUGCCACACAACCUUGUGAAAAUGGAGCGCAGUGCCGCCAGAAGGAUAACACCUACCACUGUGUCUGUGCUCCAGGAUGGACUGGAAAAGUCUGUGAUGUUCAAAUGGUUUCUUGUAAAGAUGCUGCUAUCAGAAAAGGAGUUUCACGUGAAGCCUUAUGUAAUAAUGGGACUUGUGAGGAUAUUGGUAAUAGUCAUCGCUGUCAUUGCCUUGAAGGGUAUACUGGAAGUUACUGCUCGAAAGAAAUUAACGAAUGUGAUUCUGCACCAUGUCAGAAUGGCGCAUCCUGUCAGGAUUUGGUAGGAGCAUAUCUUUGUCAUUGCGCUCCUGGUUUCCAAGGUCAAAACUGUGAACUCAAUGUGGACGACUGUUCACCGAAUCCAUGCCAAAAUGGUGGCAUCUGCCAUGACCAAGUUAGUAACUUCAGCUGUUCUUGCCCUCACGGAACUUUGGGUUAUAUUUGUGAAAUCAAUGUCGACGAUUGUGUCAUGGGUGCCUGCCAUAACAACGGUACCUGUAUUGAUAAAGUUGGCGGUUUUGAAUGCGCCUGCCCUCCCGGUUUUGUCGGUCCAAGAUGUGAAGGUGACAUCAACGAAUGUCUGAGCAAUCCUUGUGCUGGCCCUGGGACUCAAGAUUGUGUUCAACUCAUUAAUGACUAUCACUGCAACUGCAAGACUGGCUAUAUGGGAAGACACUGCCACUUAAAGGUGAAUUUCUGUGAAAGCGGACCUUGCCAAAAUGGUGGAGUCUGCACAGCGCUCGAAGGAGGACAUUCAUGCAUGUGCCCUGAAGGGUUUUCUGGGAGGAGCUGUGAAUACUACGGCUUUGACUGCGCUUCCAACCCUUGUCAAAACAACGGCAUAUGCAACUCGAACGACAAUGGAGGCUACACUUGUGAAUGCUUACCGGGCUCUGGUGGAACGUAUUGCGAGUUAGAUACGGUGAAUGAAUGUGUUUCACAGCCUUGUCAGCAUGAUGGGACUUGUCAGGAGGGUGUUGGAGACUACUCAUGCUACUGUCCUCCAAUGUGGAAAGGAAAAAACUGUCACAUUUUUGACAAGACUUUCCAAGGCGGCCUGGGAAGAGAUUUCAGUUUAAAGAACACACAGCACAUAGCACCAACUGACAGCGAAAUAGCUAGAAAGAGUUGUCAAAUCAACAAUUGUCUUGCUAAAGCUGGUAAUCUCCACUGUGAUCAGGAGUGUAAUACACUAGCAUGCGGGUUCGAUGGAAAUGAUUGCUCCUUAGGAGUAAAUCCUUGGAGAAACUGUACGGCGUCAAUACCGUGCUGGAAGGUCUUCAUGGACGGACAGUGUGAUGCAGAAUGCAACAACGUUCAAUGCCUUUUCGAUGGAAGGGACUGUGAAAAGAGUCUCCAACCCUGCAACCCCAUUUAUGACGCAUACUGUAAGAGCAAUUAUGCAAAUGGUUUCUGCGAUUAUGGCUGCAACAAUGCAGAAUGCAACUGGGAUGGCCUGGACUGUGAGAAAGCCGACGAUCCACCAAAACUUGCUCUUGGCGCCAUUUCAGUUAUAGUCUUGAUGGAUAUGCAGACCUUCCGGGCGAACCUUGUCUCCUUCCUGAGAGAUAUUGGCCACCAGUUAAGGGCAACAGUGAGGGUUAAACAAGAGCACGAUGGUAGAGAUAUGAUAUACCCAUGGAAGGUGCAAGGCGAUAAUUCGCAAGGUGUGAUCGCAUUUUUGGAAAUAGACAAUAGACGUUGCAACAUAAGUGCUGGGGCUGAAUGUUUUACCACUGCGUCUGAAGCAGCCGGCUUCCUUGCUGCGACUGCUCAGAAUCAUGCUCUGUCUACUUCGUUUCCAAUUUACAAGGUGCAAGGAGUGUCGAGUAUCGAGCCACCGAUGAUUGAGGCUCCAACGUCUGCCAAAUUUGUAUUUAUAGGAAUCAUAUUGGUUACGCUUGUUGGUCUACUUCUCGGAGUGCUUGUCACUGCGCAGCGUAAGAGAGCUCAUGGAAUAACAUGGUUCCCUGAGGGAUUUUUACGCACAAACAGUGGACCAAGAAGGAGGUCGAGAAGGCGUGGGCCAGAUGGACAGGAAAUGCGAAAUCUUUCCAAGGGCAGUGUCGAAGUUUCUGGAGUGACACAGCCUCAUUGGUCGGACGAUGAGAGCGAACUGCCACCCACAAAACGAGCGAGGGAUAAUGGUUACGCCAGUGAUCAUACUGCUAUAACAGAAUAUGAUGAUAUGUGGGCUCAGCAUAUUCCUGACACUCGUAAUGUCAUCUUGACUCCUCCAAGCAUGGAAACUCACUCUGUCGACGUCAGAGGACCUUGUGGUAUGACUCCGCUUAUGGUAGCAGCAGUCAAAGGUGGUGGACUUGAUACUGGUGAAGAAGAGGAAGAAGACGGAACAGCAGCUGUUAUCGCUGAUCUUGUCGCCCAAGGAGCGGAACUCAACGCAACCAUGGAUAAAACUGGAGAAACUUCAUUACAUCUUGCUGCAAGGUAUGCAAGGGCUGAUGCUGCAAAGCGCUUGUUGGAUGCAGGUGCAGAUGCUAAUUCACAAGACAACACUGGAAGGACACCACUUCAUGCUGCAGUGGCAGCUGAUGCAAUGGGUGUUUUCCAGAUCCUUUUGAGGAAUCGGGCAACAAAUUUAAAUGCCAGGAUGCAUGAUGGGACCACUCCUCUUAUACUGGCUGCACGGCUGGCGAUAGAAGGGAUGGUAGAGGAUUUAAUAAAUGCUGAUGCAGACAUCAAUGCAGCGGACAACUCUGGCAAAACUGCCCUCCAUUGGGCUGCUGCAGUCAAUAAUGUCGAUGCAGUUAACAUUUUACUUUCUCAUGGAGCAAAUAGAGAUGCACAAGACGACAAGGAUGAGACACCACUCUUCCUUGCAGCCAGGGAAGGCAGCUAUGAAGCUUGCAAGGCCCUUCUCGACAAUUUUUCAAACCGGGAGAUCACCGAUCAUAUGGACAGGCUGCCAAGAGAUGUUGCAGGAGAAAGGCUACAUACUGACAUUGUCAGGUUGCUUGAUGAGCAUGUUCCAAGAUCACCCCAAGUUCUUUCUGUCGUCCCUAAUGGACAACUUCUUGGAUCUCCAAGCCAUCAUUUGAUGAGCCAUCCAGUUAUGGGAGGACCUCCAGUUGGUUCGGGCAAAGGUUCAAAAGGUAAAAAGAGGGGAAAGCCUGAUCCAAACAGCCCAGAGAGUGAGGUACAAAUGAGGAGGAAGCCAAGUGUGAAAAAGAAGAAAGGCGAGGAAAGUACUGGGGCUGAGGGUAAUGUCUACAGCAGUCCUGGCCUUCCGCCACCGUAUGACGAGUGUUUGAAAGGUGCUGUUUCUAUGCAAAGCCUGCACAGCCUGAACCUAGAGCCGACUUACCAGUAUCAAAGCGUCGGCGCAGCUUUCCAAGAGCCAUCGCCACCGCAUAGUGUCACGAUGUCCCCUGGUAAAACAAGACCACAACUGCCGACAUCUCCUACACAUAUGGCAGCCAUGAGGGCAGCUACGCACCAAAAGCACGCACACACCAUGCAGUUUGACUUUUCCGAGCUGCCUUACAGCAUGGCGCUUUAUCCUCCACAACAACAACAGCAACCGCCCCAACAACAACAGCAGCAGCAGCAGCAUCAACAACAACAGCAGCAACAGCAAUACUACCACUACCUCACGCCUCCGUCCGAGAGCAUUCACGCUCCUGAAAGUUUUCCCACCCCAUCUCCAGAAUCGCCCUGGCAUUGGUCAUCCUCCUCACCACAUUCUAAUUCAGACUGGUCAGAAGGAAUUUCAAGUCCUAAUAACAAUAAACAACAAGACGCUAUUUAUAUUUAAAAGGUUACAGUGAUAGUGUUCCGAAAAUAUGCCUUUUAUUUUAAUUGGUGUAUUAGUUGUUUGUUGGACUCCUGUUUAAAAAUAAUGGAUUUAACAUGUUCAGUGCGGCAGCCCAAUUUUAAUCCAUGGUAGGAAAUAUCAUUUAAAUAAAAUCAAAUUAUAAGAACUUUAGAAUAAACAUUAUAAUUUAAAAUAUUAUUUAUGAUUAUGAUUGUAUAAUUUGAAUUGUUUUUAUUUAAAUCAUUCUCAUGAUCAAAGGUUACAAUUUUAUCUUAAACUAUUAAAUUGGCAGUUAUUUCAAUUUAAUCUAGUAUUUGUUACUACAAUAUAUCAUUGUCCAUUUAAUUCUUCAUGCAUUGUCCUAUUUGCAAAUUUUUUGGUUUUAUAUUUGUUUGUUAUUAAAUGAAUGAUAUUUUACAGUUAUUAUUUUACAAUUUCUCGGGAUGGGGGUUUUUGGGUCUGUUUGGGCUUCAGUCCGCACUCAACCUGUUGAUGUUGCUUUUAAAUAUAAUUUCAUUGUGAUAGCAGGCAUAAUUGAAACUUAACUUAGUUAUUUAAGAUGUUAAGAUCUCUUUUGGAUGAUAAUUAAUAUAUCUCUGUUUAUUAAUCGAAAUAAAAUUCAACUUUUGGACAAUAUUUCAGAUUGCUCAAAUUUUGAAGAUCGCUCUCUAUUUUAUUUUUAUUUUUUAAAUGGAGAUUAUCAAUUGUGCCUUUUUAAAAUAUUUUAAAUCAUUAUGUAUACUCUUUUUUUAAAAACAAAAUGUACUAUUUUGAGAGAGAGAAAAACCUUGAAGGUGCUUAGAUAUUCUAAGUGCUUUUAUUUUAUAAAGUACUGCUGAUGGGUGACUGUUUUAUUUUUAAUUUUAACAAUUAUUUAAAGAAAAAUGAAGUCAAAAUUCAUUUUCAGCCAUUGUAAAUGAUUUUAUACAAUGCUUCUCCUGUAAAUAGUAUUGCGAUAAAAUUUUGUACAAAGACUUUAGCAAGUAGAAAAUUUCUUUUUUUAUAGAUUUAAUAAAAAAAUUGUUAUGUUAAUAAUUUAUCAAUAAAUUAGCAAGGACAUGCACUACAUGUGACAUUAGAGAUGUCCUUUGUCUUGUAUUUUGAAUUAUUAUGUACAUUUGGAGAUUUUUUCUAUUAAAAAUUUAUAUAUAAUAAA